AAACGAAUUUUUGUUUACCUAGUUGACGCAGUAUGUUACGGAGACAUCAAGUCUCAGUAUGUAUGACACUGAAAUAAUUUACUCAACGCGAGUUCUUAAUGGACAAUUUGUGCAUCUUGUUGUGCAUCUCGGCCACCACCGAUGGCCAGCUUUUUUGGUUGCAACAAUCAGCCACCCGAAAGCAUUGUUUGGACCAGUAGCAGACGACUUCGCUGAGUUGCAGGCGCACCGAGUAGAUUCUACUCUUCUGAACGAAGUGAUUUUGCUAUUUGUUAGACGCGAUUGUGUCGAGAUCGAGAGUGUACGCACUAUAAGGUUUGUGCGAAUCAUUGGAAUCCUGUUGAUGAAGUGAGCUAUUAGAGAUCAGUUUUGAGUUGAAGUUAGCGACACGGCAUUGUCUGUGACGUUGUAAUUUGCUCCCGCGUAGUAAAUAGUGACGCGUUUGCUUAAUAAGCAAGCAGCAAUCGGGUCCCGGUGCAUGUGUCUGUCCGCAUUUGGCAUCCACUACGACGAAAGGCCAGUUUCGUUGGAAUUGAACCAGUUCUAGCGACGUUGUCCUUUGUGGAACAAUGUCUGAUCUCUCGGAGACUAACGGAGUACCCUCCUCAGGCUCAUGCGGAUCCUCUGGAUCAGGCCAGCCUCUGCCGGCAGGUGACGCUUCUGGUGUGAAUCAUGAUGAGGCGAUCAUGGCGCAGGAGAAAGCUAUUGAGAAAGAAAUCUCCGACAGUAUACCACUUAUCGAUAACAAAAAGCCACUCAUCAGCUUAGAGUCUGAAUACGCUUCUGAUGAUACUAUUUAUCAGGAGAAACUUCGUGAUCUGGAAUCCCGAUUUGGAUUUAUUAGAAAGACUAGACCAGAUGGUAACUGCUUUUUCCGUGCCUUUGGGUUUGCCUAUUUGGAGUCGAUGCUCUCUGAUAUUGAUGAACUGCGCCGCUUCAAAGAUCUGCUGGGAAAGAGCAAAGAAGAACUUAAGGCUCUUGGAUUUCCUGAUUUCACAAUCGACGAUUUCCACGACACCUUCGUUGAUGUUCUGAAGCGACUCGAGGAGAAGCCUACACUUGAUGAGCUGCAUGCCGUAUUCAAUGAUAGAGGUCUCUCAGAGUACAUGGUUGUAUUUUUGCGUCUAUUAACAUCGGGCCAAUUACAAAAAGAGUCAGACUUUUUUGGUGCCUUUAUUGAAGGCGACCACUCGCUCAAAGACUUCUGUCGGCAGGAAGUCGAACCAAUGUACAAAGAAUCGGAUCACAUCCAUAUCAUCGCCCUAACAAGACACUUGUCGACGGGCGUUCAAGUACUUUAUAUGGAUCGUGCGUCAACCGAUGGAAAGGUGAUUAAACACAGCUUCCCCGACGACGUUAAACCUCGAGUCCACUUGCUCUAUCGCCCAGGUCAUUACGACAUUCUCUAUCCUAUCGGAGGAGCUGACGGCGACCAGUAGGCGACCAUUUGCGCCAAAGACGGUCUCACAGUUGCCCUCGUAAAAUCGAGGAUUGGUUUUGACGUUCCCGUUCACCAGACUCGCCACGUAUGGAGGAUUUACCUCUUUUUAGGGUCUCGGAUGCUAGAUGGCUCCUAUUGCGUUGUCGCUCUCGUUAGAAGUACGGCUUUAAACAGGGGCCGUUCGUCGACGUCGCAAGUCAUUUAAAUAGGCCUGACAAUUUGUAUGGGUAAAAAAGAUAAUGCUAACAGACAUCCGCGUAGGGGGCAUUACACCACGUUCGACGCGGAGCAUAACCAAUCGUAACUAUAACAGCCUAAGAGUUGGAAGGGUUCCAGGGCGCUAUGACGUCCAGUGUAUGAAUAUUAAGAUUAUUAUUAUUAUAGGUAUAACACUAUUAAACGAGGAAUAUUAUAAUAUUAUAAUCUUUAUUAAUAAAGAUAACCAUCAGGAAAGAAAGCAAGGGAGAGGGGAAAAGACAUACUUUGAACGCAGCGCAAUAAAUGUUCUAAUUGCGUCUAAACGAUAAUAAUUCCCCCAUGACGCGCUGUAGAUGCGGGGUCGAUAGGAAUUGCGAGACAUCGUACUUUUAUGGAGCAUUUCAUUGCUUCUCGACUUUAUGAUGAUGAAAUUAAGAAUAGGAACCAUCGCGAUAGGAAGUGUAAUGGUAAACCGCAAAAAUUACCAAAUAUAUAUGGUUAAUAAAAGGGAAGAGUCUAUGGGAAAUAGAGGAAGGUCGAUUAACUGCCCAUAGAAGUGGCACACAAUAGUAAUCUAAAAAAAGCAAGCAAGAGAAUGACAGAAGUUCGAUUCUGAUCUAAUUUAUUAACGACAUUCGCAAAUGCUGAAAUUGCAUGUGUAGCGAGUCAGUUGAAUGAAUUAUCACUAUGUUAUAGCCGGUAUACGCAAUAAUAAUAGACUCGUACCAUCAAUCACAUAACUACAUCUUGCGAUCCUCAGAACACGUACACAUUUCUUUAUAGCACAUCGAAUUCCCUUCAUCCAAUCUCGUCAUUCGUGACACGAGUAUUCGCGGGCCAAUCAAGAAAAUUUCGUUGUGAUAUAUACUAUAUAUGUAUAGUAUGUUUUCAUACUUGAUUUGUUUGCCCGAUGUAUUGUCCGUUGUUUAGUUGAUUGAAAGCUGAUUUAAACAAGAAUAAAAAUGAGACGGAAGAUAUUUGAAUCUUUAAUAAGAAUCUUGUUUAGUUACUGU